CUAGAGCGGCUCGCUUCCCUUCCUCUUCGAGCGGCCGCUCCGUCUCUCCUCUCUAUGGUACUCGGCGGCCACCGUCCUCUCUGUGUGUGCGGGCCCCCCCCGCCGGAAGUGACGUCAGGACGCAGGCGCACGCAGCGGCGGCUGAGGCCUGAGGCGGGAGCGGCGGUUGAGAGCGGCGGGAGGGGGCGGCGCCAUGUCCUCGACGUCGCAGAAACACCGGGACUUUGUGGCUGAACCGAUGGGGGAGAAACCGGUUGGGACGUUGGCCGGGAUCGGGGACGUCUUGGGCAAGAAGCUGGAGGAGAAGGGCUUCGAUAAGGCCUACGUGGUGCUGGGGCAGUUCCUGGUGCUGCGCAAGGACGAGGAGCUUUUCCGCGAGUGGCUGAAGGAGACGUGCGGGGCCAACGCCAAACAGUCACGGGACUGCGCCGGCUGCUUGCGCGAGUGGUGCGACGCCUUCCUCUGAGCCCCCCCAUCCCCCCUGCACCCCGGCACCCCAAUACUCCCCCCCCCACCGGCACCCCCCCCUCCCCAGCACCCCAAACCCUUCCCCAUCCCCAGCAAACCAGGGGUUCCACCCACAUCACACCAGCCUUGCUCCCCCCACCCCCCCAAACUGUGGUGCUGCCAUCCCCCCUCCCCCCCGGGAUUGGGGACCUCCCCCAACUCCAUUUUGGGGUGCACCCCCCUUCCCCUCCCCCCCAACCCCAUUCUGGGGUGCCCCCCCUUCCUCUCCCCCCCAAACCAUCCCUGUUGGGGGUGUCUCGGGGUGCUGCCUCCCCUCCCAUCACCCCAAAACUGCCCAGCGGUGCAUGGGGGGUGGGGUGGGGUGUGUGGGGGUGCCCCCCUCCCCUCCCCCCAGGACUGCGCUGAUAUUGUCCCUCCCCCCACGAGGAAGGGGGGGAUUUUUGGGGUGUCCCCCCCCCACGGGGGGAAAUUUGUGUUAUUUUGGGGGUGUCCCCCCCCCCAAAUUUGUUUGUAAAAGAGUUUUCUAAACAAUAAAAGUUUUGCUGUGCUGGA